AUGGCUACUUCCUCCUCCAACGUUGGGACACAUUCCUCUUAUAAUAUUGUCAACACUAUUGAUGACGAAGAUAUUAAAGAAUCCACUGAAAAAUUUGAACGAGCUUAUAAAAAAACUAUAGGAUUUUUAACGCUUGGCAUCUGUAUUGCUUCAUUUGUAAUUCAGUCGUUAUUUAUUACUCGGCUCCCGCUUGAUCUUUAUCUUAAGGAUUUUCUUAGAACAGGCAUAGAAUUAAAGGGUGUUUCGAGAGCAACGACUUAUAAUUUAGUCAUUAAUCAGGAAGAUGAAGCGAUUCAAUUUGCUAGAGGCGAUCAAAACAUAGAAUUCAUAGAUCAUUCUGAAGGGGAAGACAACACCCCUUCUGCCAUCAACACUAAUAUUUCAGCAACUCUGGCCAUUAUCUCAUCUCCAGAAUAUCAACCGACUAUCAAAUAUCUCCUAAAACUAUCAUUUGUAUUUUCACUCUUCAUUUGUGUACCCGCAUAUCUUUGGUACAUUGCAGUGAAUCUUACAACUAUGGCAAAUCUCACUGCCAUCUAUAACAUUAGUUGUUUUUUCGCGUAUCUGUUUUCCAUCUUCUUUUUGGGCGAAGACUUGAAACUAGUUAAAAUCUUUUCGGUAUUUUUGAGUAUUAUUGGAGUAUUAAUAAUGUCUUAUCUUGGAGUUCGUGGAAAAGAUGUGGAGAAUGACGAGUCAAACACCAAUCUUGGGUACGGUGAAAAUGGAUACCCAAAACACGAAAUUGCUGGAAAUUUCAUCGCACUUAUCGGUGCAUCACUUUACGGACUUUACGAAGUGCUUUUCAAAAAGUAUUUAUCACCACCCACCACGUCAAUUUUAUUCUCAAACACAAUCGUCGCAUUAAUGGGCAUUUUCACAAUUCUUAUCUUGUGGAUUCCAAUACCAUUACUACAUUUCUUAGAGUUGGAAAAGUUCUCGCUGCCGGAUUUGAACACUUUUUUGUAUGUCAUGUUGAUUGCGAUUAUGGGAGUCAUGUUCAAUGCUAGUUUUAUGUUUGUAAUUGCAUUGACUAGUCCACUUUUCGCUUCUAUUGGCAUUAUGUUGACCAUACCGAUUGUAGCAUGGGUUGACAUGUUAAUCACGCACCACCCGCUAGAGAUCAACACGAUACUGGGCAGUUUUAGCAUCUUAGUCGCAUUUGGACUAUUAACAUGGGACAAUUCUAGAAAAUCUACUAGUAUUAAUAAUAGAGAUAGAAUUAAUGGGAGAACAACAGAAAGUGAAAGUGAAGUAGAACAGAAACAGGAAUUUGUUGGAACACCAGGUGAAAAACAUUUAUAUGAAAAGUUGAAGGAAAGGUUUAAUCCUUCAAGAUUGAUUGUUCAUGACAUAUCAGGCGGUUGUGGAGACAUGUACGCCAUAGAAAUCGCAUCGUCUGCUUUUAGUGAACUUUCUAUGGUCAAACAGCAUCGCCUAGUGACCGAGACUCUAAAAGAUGAUAUUGCGAAGAUGCAUGGGGUACAAUUGAAAACAUCUGCUAAGUAG